GUGGUUGACAAAUGUCCAGUGACGACUUCACGAGACAGCCGACAAAAUGUUCACGUUUAUAGAGUUAUAACUGUGGAAUUAUGGUUUUGGUGCAUUUUCUAAUGGUGUGUAACAUGAUUAAAUAAAAACUAAGAAUCUUUAGCCAUGUUGUCAAGACUUCUUCGUGAGUUCCUGUAUUACCUAGUACAUUUAAUUGUAAAUGUACUUGUUUCAUUGAAACAUUGUUAUCGCCGAUUUCAUAAUAAAAAUCACUGUUUAUCUCAGAAGCAGGUGACUAAGACUGAUGUCUUGACAUUGUUGGAAAAAGUGCCAAAAUUACAAAAAUCUCUAAAACACUUAGUUGUGUUAACAAACACAGAUGUGCACUCAACUAGUGAUCUCGCUAAGCUGGUUAUAUGGAGUUUGAUAGUAGGAGUUCCUUACGUUAGUUUUUAUGAUAUCACAGGUAAUCUGAAGACUAAGGAAAAGGAUCUAUUUUUUGAGAUAGAAAAGAAUAAGAAAGGCAUCCCUGGUUGUAUUAAAUGGUCUAAUAAAAGACAGCUGAAUGGUUACACAUAUGGUGUACAAGGGAAUACAGUUUACAUUAAUAUAUUUUCAUAUAGUGAUGGAAAACCAAAAAUAGUAAAUUGUGUCAAAGAUAUAGCGGAAGACAAAUUGUUUUGCGAAAGAAGUUCGGAUGAAUUUACUGCAAAUGAAUUUGAUGAGGCACUAAGGAAACAUUAUCCUAACAUUCCCGAGCCGGAAUUAGUACUAUAUACCGGCCCAUUAUGUUGUACAAAUGGCCUUCUUCCCUGGCAAAUAAGACUUAGUGAAUUUGUACAGAUAUCAUACAAUAAUAAUAUAAAUGUAAACAAUUUUUUAGGUGCUUUAAAUAAAUAUUGCAAAUGUGAUCAAAGAUUUGGGAAGUGAUUCCUGAAUAGCCUAAGUCAUAAAUUAUAUUCUUAAAUGAGAUGAAGUGAGAAGUGUUUAUUUAAAGAAUGUUUGUUUCUGAUAAAUAACUACCCAAGUGUUUUUUUUUUGGUCAUAAGCAAAAUGUUAUACAGUACAGCUCCUGUAAAAUUUAUAUUUAUUGCAAUAAUGUACUAAUAUUUGUAGAUAUAUUUGUAAAGAACAUACAUGCGAGUAAGUUAUUCAA